CUUCGUGAUGCCUCUGCCAGUAUCUGCAUGCCAAAGGAUGGGACUGGUGAGCAGCAAGAAGCAGGUGAAGGAGAAGGGCAAGGGCCGAUGGAGCCCGUCGAAGGUCAGCACCCCAAGCAAGACGCCCCCACCACUGCCACCCCUGGUCCUCUUCGGCCACCUCACUCCUCCACCUCCCGAGGAGGACUGCCCAGAUGAAGAAGAGCACUUUGUGGUGGCCCUGUACGACUACACUGCCGUCAACGACCGGGACCUGCAGAUGCUCAAGGGGGAGAAACUGCAGGUCCUGAAGGGAACCGGAGACUGGUGGUUGGCCAAGUCGCUGGUCACCGGAAGAGAAGGCUACGUGCCCAGCAACUUUGUGGCCCGAGUAGAGAGCCUAGAGGUUGAAAAAUGGUUCUUUAGAUCAAUCAGCCGGAAGGAGACCGAGAGGCAGCUUCUGGCCCCAAUCAACAAGGCAGGCUCCUUUCUUAUCAGGGAGAGUGAAACAAAUAAAGGUGCCUUCUCCUUGUCUGUGAAGGAUGUCACGGCCCAAGGGGAGAUAGUCAAGCACUAUAAGAUCCGCUCCCUGGAGGAAGGCGGCUAUUACAUCUCCCCUCGGAUCACCUUCCCCUCGCUCCAGGCCUUGGUGCAGCACUAUUCCAAGAAGGGGGACGGUUUGUGUCAGAAGCUGACGGUGCCCUGUGUGAGCCUGGCUUCUCAGAACCCCUGGGCCCCAGACGAGUGGGAAAUUCCCCGGCAGUCUCUCAAGCUGGUCAGGAAACUUGGAUCUGGGCAGUUUGGCGAAGUCUGGAUGGGUUAUUACAAAAACAACAUGAAGGUGGCCGUCAAGACCCUGAAGGAGGGAACAAUGUCUCCAGAAGCCUUCCUGGGCGAGGCCAACAUGAUGAAGACCCUCCAGCACGAGAGGCUGGUCCGGCUCUACGCUGUGGUCACCAAGGAGCCCAUCUACAUUGUCACUGAGUACAUGGCCAGAGGAUGCUUGCUGGACUUCUUGAAGACAGAUGAAGGGAGCAGUCUGCCCCUCCCAAGACUGAUCGACAUGGCAGCCCAGAUUGCAGAAGGGAUGGCAUACAUAGAGCACAUGAAUUCCAUUCACCGCGACCUCCGCGCAGCCAACAUCCUGGUGUCUGAGACCUUGUGCUGCAAAAUCGCUGACUUCGGUUUGGCCAGGAUCAUCGACAGUGAAUACACUGCCCAAGAGGGGGCCAAGUUCCCCAUCAAGUGGACUGCCCCAGAAGCCAUCCACUUUGGGGUGUUCACCAUCAAGGCAGACGUGUGGUCGUUCGGCAUCCUCCUGAUGGAAAUCGUCACUUACGGGCGGGUGCCGUACCCAGGGAUGAGCAACCCAGAGGUCAUCCGCAACCUGGAGCGUGGUUACCGCAUGCCGCGCCCCGACACGUGCCCGCCCGAGCUGUACCGCGGCGUCAUCGCAGAGUGCUGGCGCAGCCGGCCGGAGGAGCGGCCCACCUUCGAGUUCCUGCAGUCAGUGCUGGAGGACUUCUACACGGCCACCGAGCAGCAGUAUGAGCUGCAGCCCUAGCCCGCCCCGCCCACCUCCUGGGGAGCCUAAGAGACAGGACGGGACAGGGGCGCCCACUGCUCAGACGAGGUAACCCAGGCCAAGGGGGGCUUGGCAGGUGGUUCCCUGCAGGGACUGGAGCCUGAUCCCGGUCGCUGCCCACCCAUCCACGGC